UCUCACAACAACACAAACCUGAAACCCCACCCACAGUAACAUCAUCUUCGUCUCCCUAUCAGUGUUCUUCUCUCCGAUUCAAAACCCUAAGCGAAGUUCCGAUGGUUCCCGUGGCCAUAAUAAACAGGAACAACGUCUCCCUUGUUAUCUGAGUGUUCCUUCCGUUUCGGACUCACAUUCGACGGAGCUAUUUCGCCGUAUUUGGCUCGCGGGCUUCUCGAUUUUGCAAACGGUGGUGUGGAAUCGCGUCUCCGUUCACAAUUUCCAUCUCGUCUGAUGUUAUUAUAAAUGCAAGCCACUUAUAUAGGGAGUAUGAAAUAGGCUGUUUAUGCUACUCCCACUCCCACAUAGACUAAACAAAGUCUUAUAGAGAAGAGCUAGGAAUCUCGUGAGAAGUCAACAUCUUUAUAGAUUAGUGAGGAGAGAUAAACUGCCCCAAUUGGUUAGCUUGUCCGUAUAUCUUACAGACCUACACUGAUCUGAAGAUUUUUUACUUGUAACUUUAGAUCUUGUUCAGUGUUCUUCUCCCAUUCAGUGUUCUUCUCUCCAAUUCAAAACCCUAAGCGAAGUUCCAAUGGUUCCCGUGGCCAUAAUCAACAAGAACAACAUCUCCCUUGUUAUCUGAGUGUUCCUUCCGUUUCGGACUCACAUUCGACGGAGCUAUUUCCCCGUAUUUGUUAAUCGUCCUCGCUAAUUCGGCUCGCGGGCUUCUCGAUUUUGCAAACGGUGGUGUGGAUUCGCGUCUCCGUUCACAAUUUUCAUCUCUUCUGGUGUUAUUAUAAAUAUUUUGCUUCAGGGAUGAAGACUUUGUUGCAGAUUUACUGUGAAAGUGAAACACGUUCUACAUGAAAGCUUAGACAUGAAUUAGAGCCUUUGGAUAGAAAAUUUUCGUCUUGCAUUCACUCCUUUCUAAGAAAUUCCUUUUCUGCGUUCUGUGUCAUGGACGCUCCCAAUCCCAAGCGACCUUGCCAUGCCCCUCCGGUUACCUCAUCCUUAGAAAACCCUUGUUCCCUCCCUAGUGCUCAAGGUUUCAACCAAAGCAACAUCGAUAUGACUAUUUCUUCUUUCCUUUCAUUGUCGGACUUGCCUUUGUUCGCCUCACCACUCUCUAUUGGAUGCUCUUUUGAUCGAGUGCUUGAUAAAGUUAUCCCCUCAGCAGCUGGAACUUCCCAUGAUGAAUUCGAGCAGGAUCGUUUCCUGGAUCGUACUCUCCAACUCGCAUCGGUUCUUUACAAGUCCACAGAACGUUGCAUCAGAAAACGCGCCACCCUUAAAAAUUCCAUAUCGUGGCCUCUCCUCCCUGAACUAACCAUUAAGGUAUUUUCAAUGCUUGACACAAAGUCUCUCAUGCAAGCUUCUGCAUGCUGCACGAUGUUCAACAAGUGUGCCAUGGAUCGUGUAUGUUACUCUCACAUCGACCUAACACCCGCUGCCGAACAUGUUGAUAAUGGAGUUGUGUGUAGAAUGAUCCAUCGGGCAGGAAAAGAACUCAGAUCCCUCAAACUUGGUUCUAUUUAUCCCUCAGCUGGAUCUACAUCUUUGCUCACAAGAUCCUGUCUUACCCCACUAACUUUUAGUCAGGGUUUUGCUGGGGGUUAUUUGAGAAGUCUACACCUUUACCAUCUCAGAAUGAUGGAUGGCGAGUCCUUAUCUCCUGUGUUGUCAGCCUGUUUAAAUCUCACUGAUUUGAAGAUUGUUGGAUUUGUUUCAGGACGCGGGUUAAAUCCACUAGAGCAGUUAGGUUUACUCACGAGAAACUGUCGCUUGAUAGAGAACCUGUUCAUAGAGAUAUAUAAUUCAGCAGGCCGUAUAACAGAUUCAAGCUUGUUAGAGUUUGGGGAUAAUUUCCCCAACUUAAUUUCGCUAUCACUCCUAUGUUUUCGGCUAAAUGACGCAAUAGCACAAAAAUUAAUUAAGGGUUUUCGUCACCUGAAGCACAUUAAUUUGUCGAGAUCGCCUGUAAUUAGUGGUUGCUUUUUGAGGGGUUUGGGACUUUGCUGCAAAGAUAGUCCACUGGAGACUCUAAUAUUGUGCAACUGCAAUUCUCUAAAGGAGAGAGAAGUUUUGCUGUUUUUGAAUUCUUUACUCGACGGAGACUUCAAAUCCAUUCGACUUAUCGACGUAUCUAACAACCAAGGUUUAGUCUCUGAUGAUGAAGGCAGUAGUUCUUCUGGACCAAGAUUUCCUAUCGAGGAGCUGAAAAAACAGAGACCAGAUGUAACAUUUGUGGCAAUAUUUGAAUCACAAUCAUCAUCAUCAAGCUCAGAGGAGGUAUAUUCCGAGGGCAGCUCUUCCUAUACUUCUAAGACUAGCAGCGAUAGCCCUCUUUUCUGGAGUUCUAGUAAUAGCAGCGAGGAGGAGCAUGACUACGACGUGGACUCUACAUAAGUUCAAAGGCCCUUAUAUUUUAUUUUUGGGGUAUCCAGAGAGGUCUCCGAAAAGUCAAAUAUUGUUUCAUUCUCUCCGAGAAUCUAAAUACUUUGUCUUCCUCCUUCUAAUCUUCUCCGUUAAUUGGUAGUUAUGCUAAUGGAUUUGUCCAAGAAUUCAUGUAAUCCGUUUUCUAAUAAUUCUCGAAGAAACACGAUCACUUCAAAAGUAAGAAACAUUCAAACUG